UAAAGAGUAAAGACGCAUCCACAGGAUUCAUCAGUGAAGUGCAGUUUAGCAUAAUAUUUUUAGAUGUAGAAAAUAAACAUCGUUUGCUCCAAUAAAUCCCUAAUCGUGCUCAAAACAGGUUAGAGUAGUGCGAUCUAAUAUGCAGAACAACCCCCAGGAGCUUUCAUGGCAGGCGAUUGAGGCUAUCGUGGGGGUAAAACUUCCACCUAAUGUCCUACGUUUCGAUGAUAUUGGGUUUCACUUAGUCAACAAAUCAGUUUCUAGCGCUGAAGACUCCGAUUCGGACGUAGAAAUUGUGGAAAAUGGCUGGGAAUCCGACAAUAACGUCUCCUCUAAGCCAGAACAUUCUGAUAACGAGAAGACGUCACCGGACCGAGAGCAGAGUGAAUCGCCUACUCUUCGCCUCGUGGAGCCCGACAAUAACAACUCAGAAAAAGAUUCACUAGAUUAUAGAAAUCUUUUCGUGAAAAUCGAUGCCAAAGAUAUUACUGAUAACAGUCCAGUGUCACAGAUGAACGAAGAUGCAGAUAGUUCUCUUGGUAAUGUGAUGUCCAUAGAAAACUAUUUAGAGGUAACAUUGUCUACUGAUACAGAGGCUAGUCAUACUUGUAGCCAGUGCAACCAAAUGUUUUCCAGUGAGCAACUAUUGUCAUCCCACAAAUGCUCAGCAAAACCCACCGAAGAGAAAAAGUUUCCUUGUCAUGUGUGUUCAGAGAAAUUCACAAACUACUGGGAGCUAAGAAAGCACAUGAACACUCAUUUCCCUGGCAUGCUAGACUCAAAAUCCAGUUUCUGCCAUCUCUGUCAAAAGGACUACACCAAGACAGGGUUCAUGAAUCAUCUGAGAAAGCACACGGGAGAGAGGCCUUUUGUAUGUGAGCUGUGCCACAAAGCCUUCUCUCAGUCCAGCUCCUUAUCAAUACACAUGAAAUUCCACCUGAAUGUGCGGAAACAUGCCUGUACCGUGUGUGAGAAAAAAUUUGUCACAAAGAGUGAGCUGUCCCGUCACAUGACCGUCCACACCAAACAGAAGUCAUACUACUGUGGUGUGUGCGAUAAAGCCUUCACCAGGUCUGACAAUAUGAAGAAACAUGAAAAGACUCAUGGAUAAUAUCAAUAUAUUCUAGGCCUCUGUAUAUAGCGACCGAUAGGAAGUAAACUCCUAUUGUUGAUACUAGUGA